GAGCACAUAUGUUAUCUUGCAUGCUGUCUUUUUUUUGCAAUCCUGGGGGUUUGAAGCUACGGUGAGGGUUAUUUUCAAUGCGUUGUUUGCACAUAAAGGUUCGAUUUCCUGACAGUUUUUGUGAGACAGUUUACCAAAAUUGACAAUAUAUCAACACAGAGUGAUCAUGUGAUUUCUGUGCAUUACCUUUUCUUUCAACAUUAAGUUUUUUUUUUUUGCAGCAUACUCAAGCUCAAACAUUUAUUGUUGAACAAGUCUGUCUGCAGCUGGACCAUUAACUCCAGUUGCAGAGGCUUUAAACAGCUGGUUUCAAUUAGCGUCAGCCCUCGAAACACGAACAAGCAUUUGUUGACUUUAGAUGUGGGGCUCGGGCAGACACAGGAUUUCAUAAUGUGUGUGCCUGCUGAUGUGAUUUAUACAUAGUAAUAAAACAGAAAAGGCAGGUCGUGACCCAAGCCCUUUCAUCCGUGCAAUGGAUUGUUCCUGUUCACGUUUUUACAGUAUUCAUGAAAUGAAUUUUACGCUUGAUUACGUUUUACGACGUCGUCAGCUUGUCGCUCAGUGAACUUCAUAAUAAAUGGAAUUCUUUUACAGCACUAAAUUUGGAUACUUUCCCGUUUCCCAAUAAACAUCAGGUUUUUGCAUAAUGUUUUACAGCAUUCCUAAAUUAAAAAGCAACACUUCCCUUUCCCAAGGUGUCGGUUACAAGGUGACACAUACGAGGGAUCUUUUAACUCGACCACUACCUCGGCCUUGAGUCAAAGUGAACCGCUAACCACUAACCAUUAGCUCUCAAACAUGGAGGCCAUCCAAAGAAAACCACUAUAGGGACCACAGCCAGCUCCUCCACUUAGGUAAACAGUCUGUCUAUUUCCACACCACUGCAAUGUGUGCGUACGUAUGUGUAUAUGCGCGUGUGUCCCAAAGCUGUGAAGGCACCGAUCCAACUGUAACAAUGUAAAUUGUUUCAGGUUCAAAGUGGCCUCUGUUGUUGCCACCCACCCUGCUGUGGGAGUGUAGCAGGGCCAUUUUUAGCAAGUUGGGAUAUAUUCCGUAUAAAGAUGUCAAAAACAACGGCAUUGUUUUGUAGCAGAAAAAAAAGAAAGAGUCUGUGGUACAAGUUUUCUUUUCUCGCCAACCUCCCCGAUGCAAAAGCUUUAGCCCUAAUGUAAAUGUGUAUUUUAAUAUACAGCGUUCCUCGAAAACUAAAAUAGGCCAAGCAGCUACAUCCUCUCCGGAUUCCUGAUCUGCUCACUCGCAUUUGAUUAUUAUACCUGUUUAAAUAAUGCUCUAACAAGUGAUUUAAAUUAACCAAAUGUCCAUCAAGAAAGCCUCAUACGUCACAAACACCAAGUGAGCCACAUAAACAGACUUAAAAAGACUGUUUUGUUGUCCAAGUAACAGAGUCAAUGAAGAAUAGCAUAUACAACUAAAAAAUACAUCUGUGAGAAUUUAGGGAUUUGAAUGUGGUCUGCAAAGCUUUGAUCUAGUUCAGGUUUCUGAGGACAGACAAUGUGCAGCUGCUCUGUGUAGAUUACUGGUGAGAUUACUCAGCUACAACUAUUUAGAAACUGAUUUAAUCUUUACAGAUGAAUGUGUUGCCUUACGGCUCUAAACAAUCUGGCACUCGGGGGCGAUGGGUGAGGUUGAGUUGAUUUUAAAAAAAGGUGCCCAGCAGUGGUCAAAGUAUAAAUACCAGGAAGGGUCAUUGGAGAGCGGGCCAGCAAAUCACUGCGAGGUCGUUGGCCGAUAUUUCAAAGAUCUCUGUAGUUGAAAAGGAAACAGUUGUUGGUCUAAUCUUGAGAGCAAUCAAUACAGAAUGUCUAUUAUUGAUGGAGGACUACAAUGACCCUUUUCCUUAGUGCUAAUUACGAGAGGAAACUCGGGAGGCAGAAUGUUCUAUUCUCUCUUUGCAUUGCAUUUUUCAGAGAACAGCCUCUUGGCGUUAUUUGGCAGAUAUUCACUCUUCCGCUAAUCCAGCCUCAGACGAGAGACAGCGUAAGCACUGGUUACCAUGGAAACCAAUGCUGGGAACUGGUCUGAGACAAAGUUGUCAUUUCCCCCCCCUCUCCACAUCAAUUAUAAUUUAAAUGUCCAUCUGUUGCUCUGGAUGUUUUCAGCACACAGAGUGAGUGGUUCCCAACAUACGAUGAUGAUUGCUAUUCAGUCAUUGUUCCCAAUGACAAAGAUUCACUGAAAGCAGGCCGUUCUUUGGUAACAUCUGCGGUGCCUGAGAGUACAGGCUGAAUUUAGACGUCAUCCGCCAGCUCCAGGACAAAACUCUUGUUUCUUUUUCAUUCCACACACUUACAGUACAAAAAAAGUACUGUGAUAAAACAAAGUCAUUGUUGUGAUACCGAAUAAACCAAACACUAUCACUGUACGCCUGCCGAGGUGUGGCUCAGUACUCAUGUGUGACAUUGCAAAAUCCAUAAGAUGUCAGAGAGAAAAUGGGACAAUGAUUAGUGAAAAAAAUGAUCUAGGAAUAAGAUGUUUGAAGGUGGACUUCAUAAAUUGGUAAACAGAAAAAUGUCGCAAGUAGUACAACUCAACCAUUCAAUGUGACUUUUAAAGAGCUGGGGACAAAUUUGACUAAAUGACUCUGCAUGAUGUCAUUAUCAGCCUGGACUGUUUUGGAACAGUUUUCGCAGCCUGUGCUAAAAAAUGGGGUGUGAAAGACAUUUCCUGUUAACAGUCAACGUGGGUCUAAUGAAAGAAUGAAAUACACCAUUAAAUUGCAUGAUGGAAAAUAUAAGGAACAACGGGCGAAAAGUCACGAUAUCUGGAGCUCAACUGAAUAGUUUAUUUCACUUUUCUCUUUUUUAGAGGUUUAUUAAAUCGUUGUAAUAAAACAUGUACCUAAUAAAACAAUUCCCAAUUUGCAUUUAAAAUAACAAUUGCAUUUUUGUUAAAUAACUGAAUGAUCAAUUGCGUUUUCCUGAAUAUUCUGAGUGUCUACAUAUACCCCCCACUUAACACUUUUGGCUAUAUCAGGCAAGAUCUUUCAGCUUAUUCCAGUUCAGAAAAAACAAAAUACAGCACACACUCAAACCCGCGAGCAGCAGAGAUGAGACACUGCACUGUGGGAGAGAAUCUCACAAUGUGGCUCCCUGCAUCCCUCCGCUUUCAGUACAACAGGCCACUUCUUGCCACGGCGCCCGGAAUUUCAAACAAAAGUUCAACCACAACGUGGUGCUGAUCAUUAUUCUCUGCAUUGAUUUCUCAACCCCUGCAUCCGGGCAGCAUUUGCGUUGUGUGCAUGCCGGGGGUUUGUUUCCAGUAGAGUAGCAGGUUUGUGACAAGACAAAAGUCUGCUUUUAUCUGCGGACAUCGUUAUCCCGCGCAGUAAUCUGUGUGAAUGAGACGUCGACUAAUAACACCUGGCAUUUGGUCAAUGCUCGCAAGACAGACUGCCCUCGCUGAAAAGUUCAAAUAGUCAGCAAGAAUGCGGGGGCCGGCGGGUGGGAGGAUGUCGAGUGUGUGUUUAGUGUGUGUGUGCGCGUGUGUGUGUGUGAGGAGACAUUUAAGCUUGUACGUGGUUUCGGUGGGAGCGUUGCCAGAAACAGGGAGGGCAGGGUUUCAGAGUUUGAGGGUUCACACAGCUCUGGACUGAGGAAGUUCUGCUUUUCAUUACAUCAACCCAUAUGUCCACAUCGCUGCUCCGCCUGCCCCCGACUCCAUCGCCGCGGCGUCGUGAUGUCAAGUCAGCCUCUGCCUUUUCUCCUAAAAGCUGGAAAUGGACGUGUCUGACUGAAAAAAAGGUUAAUAACUCUGGCAGUAUUUUGUGCAUUUGAACAUUCGAGAGCUACAAUGCUCUCCGCAGAGAGAGAGAGAGAGCGGCCUGCGCGGCAGAGAGCCGCUGAGAAGUGGCGAGGGGGGCGGACAAAAGCUGCACGGCUUCAUAUUCGCUUUAAUCUUUUAUCUUAUUUCCAGCCAAACUAGAACUGCUUGAAGAAAAGCAGCGUUUUUCAGAAAAAGCCAAGCAGGAGGCCCCAUUAGUUGGUGUUGUUAUCGCUACAUUACCAUGAGAUGACCCUACGUGCUGUUAAGAGGACCUCUUGACAUCAUCUUUUUUGUGUGGACAAAUACGCUGUGACAGCUAUAAUUUGCUGUGUUGGACUAUUAGAAUCGUGUGUUUUAUGUAGUUGGCACAUGAAAACGUUUGUCCUACAGUCGAAAAAUGAAGGAAAGGGGGGGGGGGAUAAAAGAAUUGUGAAACAGUGUUGUGUUUCCUGGUGGAGAGAAACAUCUGUGUUUCAUUGCUUUUUUUUUUUAGAGCCAACAUCCCAUAUUCUGAAAAAAAACGUAGCCUCUUACUUUUUGUGCGAGGCACUUGUUGUGGCUUUGAAGUGCUCUAUUUUGUUACGACCGGGGGGCACACGGGAGCCUCUGUUGAAACGAGGUGGUAGAAGUUAACGAAUGGCACAUACCGAAAGGCCCGAAAAGAGAAAAUAAAUCACAAACUGUGUGGCUCAAAACUGUAGCGAUGCGUAGCACGUUCGUCGUGGGAAGGAGAAAAAAAAAACGGGGGAUAAGUUACUAGCAGAGAAAACACAGGCCACGGGGAAGCCACCGUGUUGUUGUAAAGAAGAGCCCCAAAGAGCUGCAGGCAGAUCCCGAGUGGCCAUUCCUUUGUCCCGCUGCAUACAUAAGGCCCGGUGGUGGGUGGAUAACUGAAGUCACAUGGUCACUUUUGCUUUUUUUUUUUCUCCCCACACCAACACACCCACACCCUCCUCCUCUUCCUCCUCCUCCUCUUCCUCCUCCUCCUCCUCCUCCUCCACGCAGCCACUCUUCUUCACUUCUCCUUCAUCCCGCUGCUCUCGCGCAGCACACCGCUCCGCCCGGACACUGCGCCACCAACCAAGUUGCGCUCAUUUUCUUUCUUUUUUUUUCUUCUUCUUCUUUCUCCCACCCUCCUCCAAACCUUCCGCACAAUGGUUUGUCGCGAGUCGGGAAUACCGUUCUUCUGAUUGUCCUGGAGCCUCUGCCGGAAAACUUCCGCUAAAAACCAACCCCCCCCCCCACCCCCCCUCAACGAACUGAGCGCUUUGUUUCAGAUCCCAGAGGAAUCAGAGGAAGAGUUGGAAGCUGCGCGGCGAAGACAUGAGCCUGGUGGACGUGAGACAGGCGGCGGGGUCCCUCACCCUGUCCCUGUCCAACAACGACCCCAAGGGGGGCCACUGCGACCCCGAGGGCCUCCGCAACAAGAGCAUGUCGCCCGACCUGAGGCAGGACUUCAACAUGAUGGAGCAAAAGAAGCGGGUCACGCAGAUCCUGCGGAGUCCAGUGUUUAAAGAUGAGUUGGAAGGCCUGAUCCAGGAUCAGAUGACGAAGGGCAACAACCCUACGGGCCUUCUGGCUCUGAGGCAGAUUGCUGACCUGGUCAUGGCCAGCACCUUGGGGGGCUCCGGCCCCCUCACUUCGCCCAUCAGCAUCGGGAUGGUGACUCCAGUCAACGACCUGUUUGGUAUCGAGUCCCCCUCCUUUGCCAAAGGGGAGAAACAGAGUCGCUGCAGACUGGCCAGCCUCUACAGGCUUGUUGACCUCUUCAGCUGGGCUCGUUUUACAAGCUCCUACAAUACUGUCCGUGUCAGUAAAGAGCAGGACCAUGUUCUUAUUAGUCCACGAGGUCUGUCUUUCACUGAGGUCACGGCAGCAAAUUUGGUAAAAGUAAACAUAAUUGGUGAGGUGGUGGAGCAGGGUUCCACGGAUCUGGGCAUCGACCUCUUCGGGUUUGCUCCUCAUGCCGCCAUCUACUCUAUGCGCCCAGACGUGAGAUGCAUCAUCCACAUACACACCCCGGCUACAGCUGCUGUGUCCUCGAUGAAAUGUGGAAUCCUGCCCAUUUCCCGGGAGGCUUUGCUUCUAGGAGACGUGAGCUGCUGCGGUUACCAUGGCAGCCUGGAUAAUAAAGAGGAGAAGGUGGAGUUUCAGAAGGCUCUGGGCCCUACUGCCAAGGUGAUGAUCCUGAGGAACCAUGGGCUGCUCGCUUUGGGAGAAACCGUAGAAGAGGCUUUUCACUACGUGUACCACUCUCAGCAAGCGUGUGAAAUCCAGGUGAACGCUCUGGGGUGUUCGGGCGGCGUGGAGAACCUCCUGCUCCUGGACAGAGAGAAGUUCAAACCCCCGACUCAGGGAGUGGCCGCUGCCGGCCUGGUAAUGGACAAUGAGGUCAAGUGGAAAGUGGGCGAGGCCGAGCUCGAGUCUCUGAUGAGGAUGCUGGACAACCUGGGAUACAGAACAGGCUACAGCUACCGACACCCCAUCAUCCGCGAAAAGCCCCGCUCUACCAACGACGUGGAGAUCCCUGCCACGGUGUCCGCUGUGUCCCCGGAGGACAGUGAGCUGGGUCUGCGGAGCCCCUUAAAGUUCAUGGCGCAGAAGCAGCAAAGAGAAAGGACCCGGUGGCUCAACUCGCCCAACAGCUACUUGAGGGUCAACGUUCCCGAGCGUUCGCCCAGCGGGGAGGUCAGCCCCAGGACCAAGACCACGUGGAUGAAGUCUCUGGAGCCAGGCAAUAACAUCGGCACACCAAUAAAGAUUGAGGACCCCAACCAGUUUGUCCCGCUCAACACUGAUCCCACCGAGGUUGUGGAUAAGAGAAAGCGGAUAAAAGAACAGCACAGAGGUGACCUGAUGACCGCUGGACCAAAAUCCCAGCUGCUAUCUGGCAUUGUCGUGGACACCAUAAAAGGCCCAGCUUUCAUCAUCGAGGACGAGGAGCAGACUCGCUCCCUCCCCCCCAACCCUUUCAAUGAGCUCACGGAGAGAGUGCUGGAGGAAUACAAGAGCCUGGUAGAAAGAAAGCAGCUAGGCCAAGAAGAAGACGACGAUGCCACCGACGCAGAAGAGAUGACCACAUUUGACGGCUCCACCAUCUCCCUUUCCCUCUCUCCCUUAAUGACCCCAACUAAACAAGACACCAUACUCAAUGGGAAAGACCACUUGGAGGAGACGGACGAGGAUCUGAGCGUCGACGUUUCCAAGCUGAGCCUCAGCACGUCGGAAACGCUCGACACCUCCAUUACGUCCAACGAGAAGGCGCCCGAGAGCCAGACCAAGUCCCCGGUGAAAAAGAAGAAGAAGUUCCGCGCGCCUUCCUUCUUGAAAAAAAGCAAGAAGAAGAAGGACGAGAAAGAAAAAACCGAGGCCUGAGGUCAUUCACUGUAAAAAGCCAGGUGUGUUUUGCCGUGAGGACGUCUGCGUCGCCUUGUUAAUUUCAAUCUCGUUGAAAGGAAGUGAAGUGCAGAAAAAGACAUUUAGUCAGAAAGUCUCCCGGGACCGGGUUGUUUUUAAAAGCCUUCUCUCAUUCACAGCCAUUAUUUCCUGUGAAAGUUUUUCCAAGACGUGCCAGCAAAAAGUAAUACGGAAGUUUCUUCCACACGAGAAUUUGUGAUUGACCACUCCCAAAGGGCUCAGUAUAAUCAAACUGCAUAUCUGUGGUUAUUACCCAUAUUUUAAUGGGAUUCAAAGGUUAGGGAAAAAAAUCUGAUUGUGUUCUUGUGUUUUCUGUUGUUUUUUUCUUCUUCUCCUUUUGCACAAGUGCAUUGCUGAAUGUAUACUGAAGACUCAAAUUUAACAAUCACACUAGUUGUGUGCGUGACAGUGACUGAACACGCUACGAUUAUACAACGUUCAGCCUCGUAAGAAGUACGAACACAUUCAUAGCUGUACUACCUUGUAAUAAUAAAUGUUGGUUUAUAUUUUAGGUAUUACAAUAUAGUGUUUGAUAGUUACAGGAAUGAUUUGGCAGUCUUUUACUUAUAUACUAACUCUUAUACUAAACAUGCUGUGAUGGAUGAUUCAGUAAUAAUUCUUCGCAGUCAGUGGUAUCGUUGAAAUGGUUGCUGCUUUAUUGUGACUGUGACUAACAGAAAGAGCCCCGCUAAGUGAUGAUUGUGGCAUAGUGGUGUUUGACGAGAGACACAUUUUGGUCGGUGGAUGGUUGAUGGAAACUCCUUCCCCUUCACGGCCGCUGUUAGCGUUUGACACAAAGUGUAUUAGAGGACCUCGCGUGUAUUGACAUCCCAGUCUAUAAUGUGAAUGAUUUGUUUUUGACCCGAAGGGAGUGAACUCUUUGCCUUGUGUAAAUAGUUUUGUUUCUGUGAAGUUCUUUUGCUACGCUAAACCAAACGUUAGGCGAUGAAAUGUGACAGUACAAUCUAUUAACUAUAUUUUAACAUGUAUUUUAAUCAUUUUAGUUCCACUCGGUGAGGCUCCGUGCAUAGUGUUCACGAGCUGUUUUACUCCUGUUCUUUGUGCGCUCAGUGCUGUUACCUUCCUGCAUUGUUUCCUCCAUGGUGCUUUACAUUAGUCUCCUCCCCCCCCCUCAAAGUCAGUCCUUUGAAAAAUGCCUUCCGCCUGGUGUAAUGAAAUCUCAGAUGUUUCAUGUUCAUGUCAUGUUUUAAUGUCCUUUUGCUUAUUGAGUAAAAAGCAUGUGAUGUCAUCAUUCCUGAUACUCAAAUACAGUUACCUUUUCAUUUA